ACCAAAGUGUCUUCAACAUAAGACUUAUUUUUACACGAGUCACCGAGUUGCAGACUCCAUCGAGGAAUUAACUCAGAUAACAGGUUGAAAUGGCAGCCGUUCUUGGCCACUACAACAUUUGGAACUUAACAAGCGGGCAAGCUCUUCAAGAAGGAUGGCUAAGCCUACAAAACGUGAGGCCACUCUCAACGAUCAGCGCUGCCUUAUCGAUAGCAAUGGCACCAGUAAUCAUAUUUGGAAAUAUUUUGGUCUUAGUUGCAGUUUGGAAAGAUCCUCUCAAGAAACUCCGAUCGUCACCCUCCAACCUCAUUUUGACAUCCAUGGCCAUAGCAGACCUAUUAGUUGGCUUGGUGGUUUGUCCGGUAACUGCUUAUUGGGGCUUGGUGAUAUCUGUCCGAGAAGAAUCACCACUUGAUCUUUCUGUGAUAUGUGCCCUCAACGUUUUCUCUGUAAACGUGAGUUUUGGCCAUAUGUUCCUUCUAACAGUGGACAGAGUCUUCGCCGUAAUUACGCCCCUUCGUUACCGUGCAACAGUUACAAAUAAGAGAGUUUUUAUUGCCAACUGUGCUUGCUGGAUUUAUUUCAUAGUUUUUGGCAUUGCAUUCCUCGUGUUGCGCGAUUUAUUUGCCAUAAUGGGGGCUGUCUACAACUUUCAACUUCUAUUUAUGCUUUUGGGCAUGUUGGCCAUGUACGUAAUGAUCUUAAACUACUUUCACCGAUACUCCAAAGAAAGAGCAGAAGGACACUCACUCAGAGAUCGUAACAUUAUAAUGCAAAGAGAAAAAGAUCUCUUCAAGGCCAUAUCGGUCGUCGUCUGCGCAUUUCUCAUCUGUUACAUGCCGUGGUUCAUUAUUAAAACGUUGAUCUACUUUUGCAAAGCGUGCCAAACACAUCUAUCAUUACUGAUGAUUUCUUUCGCAUUUUCAGGAAGUCUGAAGUGCGCAAACUCGGGUUUAAACCCAUUUUUGUAUACGUGGCGACUCCCAAAGUAUAGAGAAACAUUGCUAUACUUUUGGAGGCAACUCAUUUUAAAGAAAGGAAAAGCUAACAAGUCAAAAUUUACGAUAUCUUAAAGCUUCUGUCGAGGGUUUAGUUGUCAGA